AUGGCAUCGCAAACGCCGGCCGUUGUCAUCGACAAUGGUACAGGUUUCUCAAAGCUGGGCUUUGCGGGCAAUGAUUCUCCUUCCUUCGUUUUUCCAACAGCAAUAGCAACAAAAGGCGGUCCUGGAGGAGCUGGUGGCUCUGGGUCUGGAAGACCCGCCGUUGCAAACAAGCCCUCGUUCCUUACUGGGGGAACAGGUUCUGGUGGUGCCUUGUCUUCGAAGAGGGGUACUGAGGAUCUGGAUUUCUUCAUUGGAGACGAGGCAUUGGCUGCAGCGAGUGGGCCUGGCUAUGGCAUACAUUAUCCUGUAAGGCAUGGACAAGUUGAAAACUGGGAUUACAUGGAGCGCUUCUGGUCCAACUCAAUCUUCAAAUACCUUCGCGUCGAACCAGAAGACCACUACUUCUUACUCACGGAACCUCCAUUGAACCCACCCGAAAAUCGAGAGAAUACCGCAGAGAUCAUGUUUGAGUCUUUCAAUUGCGCCGGUCUCUACAUUGCCGUGCAAGCUGUCCUUGCGCUGGCAGCCUCGUGGACAUCUUCCAAGGUCUCAGAUCGUUCGUUGACCGGCACUGUUAUUGACUCAGGAGAUGGAGUAACGCAUGUCAUACCGGUAGCAGAAGGAUAUGUUAUCGGCAGCUCCAUCAAGAGCAUACCUAUCGCAGGCCGAGACAUCACAUACUUUGUACAAUCCCUGCUCCGAGACCGUGGGGAAGCAGACAGCAGCUUGAAGACCGCGGAGAGGGUCAAAGAGGAAUACUGUUACGUAUGUCCAGAUAUAGUCAAGGAAUUUUCAAGGUUCGACCGGGAGCCAGAUCGAUUCCUAAAACACACGGUCACCUCGCCAAAUGGACGAAGCGUUACCGUGGACGUCGGGUAUGAGCGUUUUCUGGCCCCUGAGAUCUUCUUCAACCCCGAAAUCUAUUCCUCCGACUUUCUCACACCGCUACCUACGGUUGUCGAUGGGGUCAUUCAAUCGUCGCCAAUCGAUGUCAGGAGAGGUCUCUACAAGAACAUCGUGCUCUCAGGUGGCUCCACCCUGUAUAAAGAUUUCGGCAGACGAUUACAACGGGAUAUCAAGCAUAUGGUGGACGCGAGAAUUCGAGCAUCCGAAGUCCGAAGUGGCGGAAAGAAGAGCGGUGGUCUGGAAGUGCAGGUUGUGACGCAUAAGAGGCAACGGCAUGGCCCAUGGUUUGGAGGAAGCUUGCUGGGGCAGACCCCUGAGUUCAGGAGUUACUGUCAUACCAAAGCAGAAUAUGAUGAGAUUGGGCCAAGCAUCGUGAGAAGGUUCAACCUGAUCGGAGGGCCUGGCAGUACGUGA